AUGCAGCGAUGGAAGGCAGUCAUCAUUGACUGGGGGGAAAUCGGAGGAGAGGGGGAAGGGAAACAAAGCAGCCGCGGGGGGAGCUGCGGUGUGGAAAGCGCCAAAGCAGCCAAGAAAGAGGUACUUACAGAGACCGAGGAAAGAAGUGACAGCUUUCAGGUGAAACGCGGUCAAGAUGGACACGGUCUGGGAAGACCCAAAGUGUUGUUGUUAUGUUGCGCGCGGAAGGAGGGGAUCGACGGAAAGAAAAUGGGGGGGUUCCGAAGAGUUAAAACAGCCAGCAAUGGGGAAGAAGAAGAAGAGGCCUGUUCGACGGAGCUUCUCGGGGUUAUUCUGACGGGAGAGGCAAUAGUAAGUGUGAUCCAAGGUAUCCAUACGGUGUGCGUGCCUCACCCGUUCGUCUUAUUAGUGAGGAUUGGAUGUGCUCCUCUCUUCUCCUUCCGACCAUCACCACUUGGUCUGGCAGUUCACGGAGGCUACCACGACUCUAAGUACCACUACAGCUUCGCACGUUUCCACCACAGGCCCCAAGUGGCUCCAGUGAACUCAACUCGCUCGAAGAAGCUGGCGGCACCAGAAGGUCACCGUCAGCGCUCGGCUCCACAACGUGGCUUUCCCCGUCUCUCCUUGGCCGUGCGAGAAUCGCUCCUGCUGGGUGGGUAUCGGCGGGUUGAUGCCGAUCUGAAUGAAUCAGGACAAUAUUAUUCUUUUUCUGGCAGAAAGAGAGGAACAAGGUCCCCGAUCGUGGCUGGUAACUGGGCCAGGAGUCUGACCACGGAUAUUGCAUCACUGGGCCUCUAUCUGCCCCUGGUGCGCCCAUCGAGAGGGGGAAAGGAAGAGCACGGAGGAUAA